AUGGACUCUCAAGAUGAAUUCAACGGUCAAUUAGCCGCGGCUCUAAGAAAGUCAUGGUCAGAACCACAAGAAACCUUUAAAUCUUCUGAUUCUAAUCAUAAUCCUAACCAGCAUCAUCAUCACCAUAAAAAUUCUCGUCAUUCUCAUAACCACCCAACCCAUAAAUAUUCAAAGAAAAAUGAGCAUGUGAGUGAAAACCCAGAUGAUAUACAACAAAAUAUUGAUGCAGCUCUCAUUCCAAACGAUGCUAACGAUAGUGAUAAUUUCAGUUUCUUAAAUGAAGAUUCUCCAAUUGGUACUCCAAUUGAAUCUACUUUAAAUAUGAAUAUGAAUAUGAACAUGAAUAUGGAGGCCAUAAACAAAUUAAAUGCAUAUCAACAACAACAGCAGCAACAGCAGCAACAGCAACAGCAACAACAGCAGUACCAACAAGAGGCUCAAAAUCCAAAUCAACCUUUAUUACCAGAAAAAUAUGCAAUGGCCAAUAUACGACAAAAACACAUUCAUUUUAAUGAAGAUUCAACCUCUUCUCCCUCGACCCCAUUGGCCCCAAACAUCAUUAAUCAACAACAACAAAAUGUUUAUCAAUUAUUCAAAAGACACUAUUCUUUAACUGAAGAGGUUUCAGAAUCUAUCUCGGAUAUUUUAAAUGAUUUAAACUUGGAUUCUUCCACCGAUAACAUAGAUUUUAUCGAUCCUUUAACUGCAAGGAAUAUUAAUCCUGAAAAUUCCAAUACUCUCAUCCCUCAAGGAGGUAGUAGUAAUUAUAAUAAAGAAGAAAAUAUUCAGAGUCCAUCUUCAUCUUCUACAAUAGAUCCAAACAGCCCCUUUGCUCAUUAUUUGAAAAAUACUAUUAAAAACAAUCAACAAGAAUAUUCGUCAAAUGUUAACGAAUCUCAAACGAAAAAUGAUAGUAAUUCUAUGGAUGAAGGAUCAUCAAGAGAUAUAGCAAACCCUCAAGCUUCCCAUAUUACUGCGUUUUCAACUAAUAAUAAUGAUGAUAUGAGAGAAUCUUCUCCAAAUUCUUUCGCAAUUCAUGAAAAUUCUGUUUCUCCUACUAGAAGUUCCAAUAUGCUUUUCCAACAACAGCAACAACAACAACAACAACAACAACAACCUUCAAAACAAACUUCAUUAGCUCCUCCAUCAACUAUCCCCACUACUUCUACUUUCAAUUUUAAUAAGCAUGCAUCAAUUUCAAGCGUAUCCCCUUUAAACAACCAAUGGAAUCCAACUGCCACUAUUAAUACUGGCACUGGUACCAAUUCUAAUAAUAUACCUAGUAGUCAAAUGAUGAACGUGACAACUUCCACUAAUAAGAGGAAUAGUAAUAAUCCAAUAAAAUCAAACAAAUCUAAAUUAAGAAGGGGCUCUUUACAAGAUGUUCAAAGAAUAAGAUUGCUAUUAAAUCCAAGAAGUUCAUUUUCAGGUUCAUCUCAAAAUGAGCCACCAAUGAUUAUCCCUGAAAAUGCUACUUCCCUAAGCGCAAGUACUACAACUUCCAAUAAUUCUGCUUCAUCUUCUUACUCAAAUGAUUUUACAAUUAAUGACCAAACUCCUCUUUCGACACACACAACAAACACAAGCAUUUCUUCUAAUGAUUCAACUGUUAAUUCUGUAACUGCAAUGUUAACUAUAAAUGGGAAUACAAUUGCUGAUGAAAAAAAAUGUUGGGUUACUAUCUUGAUUGAUAAUGAUACUGAAGUGAUUCGUCAACUUAUCGUAUUGAAUGAAUCUUUGAAAUUGGUUAAUUCCAACUUUAAAUUGUUUAUUUUAAUUACUAGUAAAGUUGAUUCUAAACAUUUAAUCUCCUUGGGCUUAACUAAUUUAAUAAUUAUCAACGAUUCCAUAUUGAAUAAUAAAAACUAUUCAAUUCAAAUUAAUAAUAAUUUAUCCAAAUUACUUUUAUUUACUUCUUUAACGAAAUAUUUUGAUUUGAUUUGCUAUUUAUCGCCUACGUGCUUGAUAAAUCAGAAUAUUGAUGAAUUAUUGAUGAAUAAUGAUAUCUUCAAUGAAAUUGAUAAUGAAACAUGUGUAUUAUUAACUAAUAAUACUACAGCUACAAGCUCAACUGAUUUGUCUACCAAGUCUAUCAAGACUAUCCAAGUAUCCUCAGAGGAUUCUCCAAGAAUUAUUAUCUUGAAACCAAAUGAGGAAAUUGCUAUGUGUAUUAAAGAGUUUUUCACAAUUUAUGAUUUGAAUAAAGAAAAUAUUAAAAAGAGAUUAAUGGAGUUUUAUGAAUUAGAUGAUUUACAUGUUUUAAAAAAAUUGUUUGGUGAUUCAUGGAGUAAAUUAUCAAAUAAUGAAUAUUGCCUAACUUUUAAUGAAAAUAAUUUACUUUCAUAUUUAUCAAAAGAAUUAGUUUUGGGAUACAAGAUGCUGGAUUAUAGGGAAUUGAAACCUUGGACAGAUAAGAAUUACCAAAAUUAUAUUCAAAAGAAAAAUGAAGACACUGCUGAUCCAUAUUACAAUUGGUAUCAAAUAUACAGUAAUGCCACUCACGAUAAAAAUUUUAGAAUUUAA